AUGCAAUGCAGACCAUUUAUCGUAUCUAGAAUGGUCUCUUUAGGGCUAGGCUUCGACUGUGCAAGCAAACAAGAGCUUGAGUUCAUCAAAGCAGCAAAUGCGAAUAUAGAAAAUGAUGUAAUAUUUUCACAGCCUAUCAAAUCAAGCAGAGACCUCACAGCAAUAUUGAACCUUGGGGUGAAAUAUGUGACCCUUGACUGUGCAAAAAAGCUUCAAAAAAUUGCAAGCUUUGGGGUGCCGAAUCUGAAAAUGGUACAAGGUUGGUUUUUUACCCUGAUUUUUUACCAAAAUCAAAAAAUGGAGAAGGAAGCAUAA